AUGUCGGCCCCCACGCCGACUAGCGAUAGCAUCGACAGCCUGUCCAACUUGAGCAGUGAGGCUUGUGGGUUAUUAAAUUCCGGACUAGAAUCAUCUUCGUUCAGCAUGGCAUCCACCGCGGACGACCUACCAGACGUCAACGGGGCCAUUCAUCCCCCAGCAGCGUCAGGAUCAUCAUUGAAAAAACCGCACAUAUUUGACACGAUCCAAGAGCCCGUCGAGCUGCGCAAGAUGGCACAGGACGCCAUCUACUUGGUGGGCGGGCAGUUUGCCAUCCUGUGCCAGUUCGCGCAUCCCGCCCUGGCCGAGGGCGCCUUCAAGCACUCCAACUUUGCCGGGCGCGUCGUGAACCGGCUGCAGACGACGUCGCGCUUCCUCUUCGCGGCCAUCCACGGGACGCAGGAAGAAAAAGAAGCCAUCUUUGGCGUGAUCCACCGCCGGCACGCCAGCGUCAAGGGCGCCGGGUACGACGCCGACGACCCGGAGCUGCACAAGUGGACGGCCGCGACGCUGCUGGUCUCGCUCAUCACGGUGCACGAGACCUUCUUCGGCAAGGUGUCGCGGCCGCUGCAGGAGCGGUGGUUCCGCGAGGCCGGCGUCUACGGCACGUCGCUCCGCAUGCCGCCCGACAUGUGGCCGGCCACCCUGGACGAGUUCUGGCGCUACUGGCAGCACAACAUCGACACCCUCCACGUCACCGACUGGGCCCGCAGCCUGGCCGCCGAUCUCCUCUGGCCCAGGCACAUCCCCGUCUGGUUGUGGCCGGUGCUGCCGGCCGGCCGCCUGUUCACGGCCCAGUGGCUGCCCGAGCGGCUGCAGCGCGAGUACGGCCUCACGCCGUCCCCGCUCGGAAAUGCGCUUUUCCACUUCACCGCCGGCUAUACGGCUUUGAUCUAUCCCUACCUGCCCAUGUGGGUGCGCCAGACGCCGGCUAGAUUUUACAUGCAGGACAUGAAGAGGUCGGUGGAGAUGAUACAGAGGACUGGGCAUUGGCCGAGGGGUUAG